AUGCGUAUCCGAUAUGGUAACCUGAUCGAUGCGAUACGGACGGUUUGUCGAGAGGAAGGAAUUCGCACCUUGUAUCGUGGCGUUCAGGCCGCGACUCUCGGGAGCAUUCCAUACGCGGGCACUGCAUUCCUCACAUUCGAAACUCUGAAGGAGUAUCGGCUAAAUAAACACGCACAUGAAUGCGGUACGAGGCCGGAAAAACUGCAGCCCGUGGAGAAUUUGGUCUGUGGAGGUUUUGCCGGUAUUCUCGGACAGACAGCGUCAUAUCCGUUGGACAUUGUCCGACGUCGUAUGCAAACAGCAGGUGUGACUGUAGCACGUUUUCAUGAUCUCGGUUAUUGA